AUGCCUCUCUUCAAGCCCGAGAACCCCAACACCCCCGUUCUCGAUCAAUUCUCCCUCAGCGGCAAAAUUGCUGCCGUCACUGGAGGCGCCAAGGGUAUCGGCCUCGAAGUAGUCCGUGGACUCUCCGAGGCGGGCGCCGACGUCGCGCUCAUCUGGAAAAGUUCCCGCCAAGCCGCCGAGGACGCGGCGGCCACCAUCUCUCGCGACACGGGGAGGCGGGUGCAGACAUACCAGUGCGACAUCUCGAAACGGGAUGCCACCGAUGACACCAUGCAGCGGGUCGCCAAGGAGUUUGGCCGCGGCCGGCUGGAUAUCGUCGUGGCUAACGCUGGCGUGGUCGCCAUCACCCCGGCGCUCGAGGUGACCGAGGAGACGUGGUCGGCUAACAACGGUACGAACCUCGACGGGGUCAUGUGGACGGCGCAGGCGGCGGGCAAGAUCUUCAAGGAACAGGGCAAAGGCAACCUGAUCUUUACGGCGAGCAUCAGCGGAAGCAUUGUGAAUAUUCCUCAGACGAUAUCCACGUACUGUGCCAGCAAGGCCGCCGUGGUGCACCUGGCCAAGUCCCUGGCGGUGGAGUGGGCGGAUUUCGCACGUGUGAACGCUAUCUCACCUGGUUUUGUUAUGACGGACGUACUGGCCGUGUGCCCCAAGGAGUUGCUUAGUACGUGGGUCAAUAUGACUCCUGGUAAGAGGAUAUGUGAUCCUGCAGAGCUGAAGAGUGCAUAUGUUUUCCUCGCUUCCGACGCCUGCAGCUUUAUGACUGGCGCGAAUAUUGUGAUAGACGGGGGUUACACACUCCCCUAG